AUUGUGGAAACGAAGUCAGAAAAUUGUUCUUCCUCUUGCUAAAUCCCCAAGUACAGCUUUUUGAUUCCUUAGAACCUUCUACAGAACCCCAGAUUCACUCACCUCAUUUCCGUUCUCAAAUUAUAGGUUUUGGGUUUUAGGGGUUUUGAAUUGCAGCUUGCACAUGGUGGUUUGAUCACAAAUUCGUGGAAUGAGCAAUUCAUGAUCUUGUAAUAAUGGAUGGAUCGGACGGUGGUAGCUGCAGUUCAAGUGUCCCACUGCCGCCGCCUUUUCUUUCGAAGACAUACGAGAUGGUGGAUGAUCCCAUGACCAACUCCUUGGUGUCAUGGAGUGAAACUGGUUGCAGUUUCAUUGUGUGGAAUCCACCUGAUUUUUCGAGAGAUUUGCUGCCAAAAUAUUUCAAGCACAACAAUUUCUCCAGUUUUGUUAGGCAGCUCAAUACAUAUGGAUUCAGGAAGAUUGAUCCUGAACAAUGGGAGUUUGCGAAUGAGGAAUUUAUAAGAGGGCAGAAACACCUUAUGACAAAAAUUCAUAGGCGCAAGCCAAUUCAUAGCCAUUCUGUGUAUAAUAAUCAAGGGAAAGAUGUUCCCUUAACUGAUAUAGAAAGAAGGGAACUGGAACAGGAAAUUGGAAGACUCAACAAUGACAAGAAUCGACUUCGGUUGGAACUGCAGAGGCAUCAAAUAGAGAAUCAGAAAUUGCAGUUCCAAGUGCAAGUUUUGUCCGAGAGAUUUCAAAAUUUGGAGAACCGUCAGGGACAGUUGAUGACUUUCUUGGGUCAACAGUUGCAGAAACCAGAGUUUGCCAUUUUCCCUGGACAGCAGUCGGAAAUUCAUGAUCACAAGAGGAGAAGGCUGUUGAAAUUCAUCCAGGGAGACCACCAACGUCUGACUUCCCAGAGUGGAAAUCUUCUGCUGAAAUUGGAGCAGAUUGAGAAGCUGGAAUCAUCUAUAAAAUUCUGGGAAACAUUUUUGCUAGGUGUUAGUGAGACCUUGGUUAAAGAAGUACAACCUCCUCCAAUAAUCGUAGCUGAAAUGCAGGCAUCUUCUGGAGAUAGUGAACUUUGCUCAUCCACACCUUAUCAUCUAACUGAUGUUAAUUCAUCCCCGGAGCUUGGUGGACCUGUUUAUCAUGUUAAUGGUCUUCCUGCGUCAUCUUUUGUCGACAUUAUGCCAAAAUCUUCGACAAUAGAUAUAAAUUCUAAGCAGGCUACUGUUUCUGAGUCCUUCAGAGAAACGGAACUGCAAACAACCGAUCAUCCUUUGCCAAUGAAGGUCAAUGAUCACUUCUGGGAACGAUUCCUGACAGAGGCACCUGAUUCAUCUGAUGCAUAAGGAAGGAACGGGGAUGGCUGGAAGAGUGACAAGAUAACAAGAUCAACAAUGUAAAUUCCUCUAUGCGUUCACUUUUAGACAUACGUAAGUUUGUUAGUCUCCAAUGGAUAUGAUUUUUGGUGAAUUUGUAUGAGUAGAAUUUAUAGAAACUGAUGUUAGGUUAGUAAGCAUGUUACAGAAUAGGCAAAUUAAAAACAAUAUUUCCUCUUCAAAAAUAAGCUUCCAUGUUCGGC